AUGGCAGCGCAGUAUAUAAAUUACAUUAAGACGAAGGCUCACAUUUCCAAGUCGACCAGAGACCACACACCAGAACCCGUCCUGACUUCCGAUGACGAGGCCUUUUUGCAACGAGUGACCUCCCACCCCGAGGAGGUGGGGCGAGAUCCUCAGAUGGCGCUCAUGGAUGGCGCAGAGCACACUGAAGACAGUACUAGGACUAGCUCCCCAGAAGUUGAGCAGAAGGGUGUGCAAAGGAGCCUGAGCAGAACGUUGAAGGGGAAAAGCAAGGAGAAGGGAGAGAAAACCGGAAGUCCGAAGGGGAAAAAGAUGAGUCCGUGGGGCUGGGUAGCGCAGAAUAUGGAUAAGAGGAAGAAAGAAAAUACCGCGGCAGGACUAUCUAGCAUUGCAGAGAACCUCAAGCCUUCUCAUACAAAGAUAGGAGGGUUGAAUCUGGAUGAAGCAAAAGGGGAGGAGGACGACCUGACUCAAGUACUCGAGCGCCUAAAUCUCUCAGCGGUGAAUAACCGUGUAUUUUCAAUCAGCGACGAUACGCAGAGUAUCCUAAAGAAGUUCAAUCUCAUUCUCAAAGACCUCAUCAACGGCGUACCGACGGCAUACCACGAUCUGGAAUCGCUACUAACGAACGAGGAUGGUCAGUUACAAAAGUCCUUCAACCAUCUACCAGGCUUCCUCCAGAAACUCAUCGAGCAGCUGCCGGAUAAAGUAACCGAGAAAUUUGCACCCGAAUUCCUGGCGAUGGCCGCUGAGAAGGCCGGCAAGAGUGGAAUCAGCCUGGAGGAAGCUACGAAGACAGCGGAAAAGGCAAAGAAGAUGGGGUUGAGAAUUCCCAGCUUGAAAGAGCUAGUGGGGAAGCCGGCAGCGAUUGCCGGUAUGUUGCGAUCUAUUGUUAGCUUCCUACAAGCACGAUUCCCAGCGCUUAUGGGUAUGAAUGUGCUGAUGUCGCUGGCAUUAUUUAUUCUCCUUUUCGUCCUCUGGUACUGUCACAAACGUGGCCGUGAAGUGCGUCUCGAAAAAGAAAAGUCCAAAACGGAAGAUGCCACGAUCAUCAAUGAAAAUAAUAAUAGUAGCAAUACAAAUAGUGGCAGUGAUAACAGCGCAUCGAAAGCACAGACCACGACUGUUGCAGCCACAGGCGAAACUAGGCAAGGGCAAGACAGGGCUGGAGUGAGGGAAACGCAGGAUGAUGCACGGCAAGCUGCCUUCCUGCAACCAACAGCGGCAACCGCAACGACAACGACGAGCAGUACCAUUGACAAUGCAUCAUCGUCGCCCGCAUCAACUGCCGAGAACUAG